GAAAGAGAUCCAAAUCAGAACCAGCUCCAUGUUUUUGUGGGCCUUCAGGUAAAGAGGUGGGAGCAUGAGAACGGCUGGCAGAUACAACAUGCCCAUGCUUCCUAGGAAUUCCAUUCUGCUUCCUGUGCUGUAAAUGUUCUCCUUUUCUUCCAUGCAGCUGUGCCAGUUCACUGCUCCUGUUCCCCAUCUGGCCAUUUACAGUGGUACCUCUGACUCUCCGUCUACGUCCAAUGCUUUUUCUUCCUCCCGCCGUGUGCCUAGCAAUCGUCCUCUCCAGUGCCCUGGGUGCAUUACUCUACCAAACAGCACUAGCUCCUCCUCUGCUAAGGUAGCCCCAGACAGCACCUCUGUCACGGGCAGGAACUGGGAUGGGCCUAGCUCUAACUCCGCCCCUUCCUUCAUGGAAAGCACUGAGAUCGCCAUGGAUUCUGAGCUGGAGCCCUGCUGCAGCUCCCAGUACCGUAUGAGCUCUAAGACGAAGCUGCUGCCCAAGCCCCAGAUGUCCUCAUCCCUUGGUAGGUUCCUCAAACUGGGAUGCUUGAACUCUCCAAUGUUUGCGACGUUCUCACCCAAGUGCCCUGGAGUGAUUCAUGGGAAAGUGCAGCCACUCGAUGGUCUCAACCCACAACUGCAACAGAGGUCCAAAAAGGUGUCCAAGUGAGUAUCCCUCUGAGUUAUUCCAUCAUGCUUUGCUUUGAGAGCUGCUAUAAGGGGAGAUAAGGAUUGGGGAGAACUCUGAUUUUGCAUGCAUCUUAAUG